UUCUUUCCAGUGUUGGCUGACUUACAGCUCCUAUAAACUAGUGGCAAUUUCUGCACCCCAGCCUGCUCCCUUUCAGUUUCUGGUUCCCAAGCCCAUGUGCCAGGGGCCGCCAGCAAGGAGUUGACCAUGCCCCUUUGAGAGCCCUCUCUGUACAUGGGAGCUGAGGAAGAGAGAAGGAUCUCCUUAAUCACUAUUGAGGAGACCCCACUGAAAUGACCGGAAAACCUGAUUUGUGAGGACAUACAUUUCCUGUAUUAGAAUCAGAGACUGUUCUGUCUGUCAAAGAUCUUGGAGCUCGCCUACUCACUGUCUUCCUAAGGAAGAAAAUGCUAAAGCAGUAGUGAGGCCAUCCCAACAGACUCCAGACACUUUCCUGGGUGGCGGACCUUGGUUCCCUCUGGAAAUAUUCUCCUGCGAGUAUUUAUUUGUCUGAAUCAACGCAACCCCGCGCCAUGGACCUCCUCGGGUUGCUGAAGUCUCAGUUCCUGUGCCACCUUGUCUUCUGUUACGUAUUUAUCGCCUCGGGGCUAAUAAUCAACACCGUUCAGCUCUUCACCCUCCUUCUCUGGCCAAUUAACAAGCAGCUCUUCAGGAGGAUCAACUGCAGACUGUCCUACUGCGUCUCCAGCCAGCUGGUGAUGUUGCUGGAGUGGUGGUCGGGCACGGAAUGCAUCAUCCAUACAGACCCCCGGGCCUACCCCAAGUACGGAAAGGAAAAUGCCAUCGUGGUUCUGAACCACAAGUUUGAGAUUGACUUUCUCUGUGGUUGGAGCCUGGCCGAACGCUUUGGGGUGUUAGGGGGCUCCAAAGUCCUGGCCAAGAAGGAGCUGGCCUACGUCCCGAUCAUCGGCUGGAUGUGGUACUUCACCGAGAUGGUCUUCUGCACACGCAAGUGGGAGCAAGACCGCAAGACCGUCUCGCAGAGCCUGCUGCACCUCCGGGAUUACCCCGAGAAGUACUUUUUCCUGAUUCACUGCGAGGGCACUCGCUUCACGGAGAAGAAGCACCAGAUCAGCAUGCAGGUGGCCCGAGCCAAGGGGCUGCCCAGCCUCAAGUACCACCUGCUGCCACGCACCAAAGGCUUCGCCGUCACCGUGAGGAGUUUGAGAAAUGUAGUUUCAGCUGUAUAUGACUGUACACUCAAUUUCAGAAAUAAUGAAAAUCCAACACUGUUGGGGGUCCUAAACGGGAAGAAAUAUCAUGCAGAUUUAUACGUCAGGCGGAUUCCUUUAGAAGAAGUCCCAGAAGACGAGGAUGAGUGUUCAGCCUGGCUGCACAAACUCUACCAGGAGAAGGAUGCCUUCCAGGAGGAGUACUACAGGACGGGCACCUUCCCAGAGACCCCCAUGGUGCCCCCCCGGCGGCCCUGGACGCUCAUCAACUGGCUGUUCUGGGCCUCCCUGCUGCUCUACCCUUUCUUCCGGUUCCUCACCAACAUGAUCAGCAGUGGGUCUUCCCUGACCCUGGCCAGCUUUGUCCUCGUCUUCUUUGUGGCCUCCAUGGGAGUCCGAUGGAUGAUUGGGGUGACAGAAAUCGACAAGGGCUCUGCCUACGGCAACAUCGACAGCAAGCAGAAACGGAACGACUGACCCCGGACACAUCAGCACCCAGAGGGGACCUUGGGGACUGGUGGACGCUGUCAUCCUUAGUGGGACCCAGGGGCGAAGCGGGGUGAGCCCCUGCUGGGAAGCCAGGGAGUCUGGUCUCGAUGCCAGAUGGGGAGGAAGAUGUUCUUAAAUCUUUUUUCCCCCAUCACGCUUUAGUGGGUUUUGGUUUUCUUUUCGUGUGUGUGUGUGUGUGUGAGUGUGAGUGUAAGAGAAAGAACACAUAUGAGUAAGAAUGGUGUGCGGUUGAGUGUAAGCCUUAUUUUGUGAUCAUUCGGGGGGGAUCUGAGGCACAGGGGGAGGGCAGGGAUGGGGAACGGAGGGGUUCCCCUUCAUUCUUUGGUGCUGAGUUUUCUGUACUGGAUCGCGAGAGAGUGAAAGGCGCUUUAGGUAAGAUGACUAAAUUAUGCCUCCAAAAAAAACAAACCAAUUAAAGUGUUUGGCUCUCUG